AUGGCGCUGUCGCGCGCGGAGCGCUGUCUCGCGCUGCUGCUGCGGCUGUUGUCGCGCGCCUGCCUCGCGCUGCUCGCGCUGCUGCCGCCGUCUCGCGCCGGCCCUGCGCGCGCCGCUUCGCGCGCCGUCCCGCCGCCGCGGUGCGCGCUCCUGCUGCUGCCCGCGCGUCGCCUCGCGGAGCUGCUCCGCGCGGGGCAGGUGACGUGCAUCGAGGUGGUGGAGGCCUACGUGGAGAGGAUCAAGGAGGUGAAUCCCCUCAUCAAUGCCGUGGUGAAGGACAGGUUCGAGGAGGCCCUGCAGGAAGCCCGGCAGGUCGAUAAGCUGCUCUCGGAGGGUCCUGGCGAUGACUGCCUGGAGGAGAAGUUCCCCUUGUUGGGGGUUCCCAUCACCGUUAAGGAGGCCUUUUCUCUCUACGGGAUGCCCAACACCUCUGGCUUGGUCAACCGCCGCAACGUGACCGCCACCUCGGAUGCCACAGUGGUGUCGCGGCUGAAGCAGGCAGGUGCCAUCCCACUGGGCGUCACCAACUGUAGCGAGCUCUGCAUGUGGUACGAGUCCAGCAACAGGGUCUACGGGCGGACCAACAACCCCUACGACCUGCAGAGGAUUGUGGGCGGCAGCUCAGGUGGGGAGGGCAGUGUGCUGGCAGCUGCCUGCUCAGUCAUAGGUGUGGGCUCUGACAUCGGUGGCAGCAUCCGAAUGCCUGCCUUCUUCAAUGGAGUCUUUGGACAUAAACCCACAACAGGGGUGGUGCCCAAUGACGGCCAGUUCCCCAACGCUGUCGGGGUGCGGAGCAGCUUCCUGUGCACGGGCCCCAUGUGCCGCUACGCAGAGGACCUGGAGCUUGUGCUGAGAGUCAUGGCUGGCCCUGGGGUCAGCAAGCUGAAACUGAAUGAGAAAGUGUCAUUGGAGAAAAUCAAAUUCCACUGCAUGGAUCAUGACGGCGGGUCCAUUUUUGUAUCACCUGUAGCCAAGGAGAUCUUGCAGGCCCAAAAGAAGGUGGUGGAGCACCUCGAAAGUGACCUUGGGGUCCAGGUUCAGCGUGUGGCAAUCCACAAGAUGAAGUAUUCUUUCCAGAUCUGGUCAGCCAUGAUGUCAUCCAAGGACAGCGAGGGGCAGGAGGCACAAAGAUUCACAGACCUACUGGGGGACCAUGGGAAGCCAGUGUGGCCGCUAUGGGAGCUGAUGAAGUGGCUCGUGGGGAUGUCUUCUCAUACACUCCCAGCUAUUGCCCUGGGACUGACAGAGAAGCUCGUGAACCUCAACCUUAGUGGGAAGGCCAAGCUGGUGAGCAUGGGGAAGAGCCUGCAGGAGGAGAUGGAGGCACUGCUGGGGCCUGAUGGGGUUCUUCUCUACCCCUCUCAUCCCACCAUAGCCCCCAAGCACCACUCCCCCAUCUGCAUGCCCUUCAAUUUUGCCUACACAGCAAUCUUCAACGUCCUGGGCCUGCCGGUGACACAGUGCCCACUGGGGCUGGGCAGCGAGGGGCUGCCGCUGGGCAUCCAGCUGGUGGCAGCUGCCUACAAUGACCACUUGACGCUGGCAGUGGCUCAGUACCUGGAGAAAGCCUUUGGAGGAUGGGUUUUACCAGGGAAAGUUUAACCUUGGAAAACAGGGACAGAGGCAGUGCCGAGUGCUGAUGCGUGAUCCCAUCGUGGCACUGCCUGCUCCCUCCGCGCACCCCUGCGCCCUGCUGGGAGUGGCUGGUGGUGCCUCCAGCCCAGAACAGCUGGGCCAUUGCCACUGGAGUCCUCAUCCCUGUGGCACCCUCUGUCAGGAAGAGACCUGCCUUUCCCAUAUCCCUCAGGAGCCCCAGUACCACAGUCUGAGGAUGUCCUGUCUGCAUCCUGCCUGCAGUGGGCUCCCACCCACCUUUUGCAGACCAUGGAGAUGGCCAGCUCUGUAACCCUUUUUCUUUCAAAAUGUUGAGUGAGAGCUGAGCAGGGGACGUGCUUCCAGACUGCUGGGGGCAGCUGUGCAGCACCCCUCAGGGCUGCCUGACCCUACCCACAUGGCUGGACUUUGCCUGCUGCACCCAGGCUUGCCAGCCCCCACAGUCCUCCCAAGCUCCUGCAGGCUUCCCCCCCACCCUGUGACCAAAAAGGGAGAGGGGGUGAGGGGGCUGGAGGAGCCGUAGGCCUGCCUCGCAGUGUGUGCAGCUGUCAGGCACAGCUGAGAGCAUUUCAGCACUGGUUAAUGCAUCUCCUCCUUGUGUCUUCCCCUUCUCUGGGGGAUCAUCCUGCCUGACUGAUGUACCCCGCUGCCUGUCCUGCUGAGCUGCCUGCCCGCUGCCUCAAGAGUGGAUGUGGGCAGCAGUGUGAGGGAUUCAUCUGAGCAGGCAGCAAGCACAAGGUGUUCUCAUUGAGGGAGUUAUUAAAGAGUCUGUCCAGUGAA